UUUCAUCCUGUUCUAUUGAAUUCUCCACCCAUGAACCUGUAGUUUGGAAAAGACCAAUCUAGGGCAGGUGGCUCCCCCUGGAAUUUUUGGACCAGGCUGCAGUUUAUCUGUAAAGUGGGGAGGGGAGGAUCAUGGUCACAGCUUUGCAGGCGGUGCAGACAUUUAGAUUCUCCCUCCAUCGGGUUAAGACCUUGCUCUCCUAAGGGCUGGCCACAGUCCGGAGCUUGGAUGCUUCUGGUGAACCGGAGAGGCAGGUGGAGCUGAGCCUGAAGCUUAAUAAACAUCUGCUUAUUAAUUCAUUUUUGUUGCCUGUCUAUUUUGUGCCAGGCACUGUGAUAGGCCUCAUUUGCUCUUCCGACCUCUUUUUUUGGGAGGAAGAACAAAUCUUCCGUUCAUACUCCCCAGAGUGGGAAAGAGCCUCCCUGAGGCUGCGAUCAUACCCCACCAUCUGACCUCAAAUAAUACCAGCAGCGCUCCUCUCUUCAGCCCUGACUAUGGCCAGGUGCUGGGCUGAGCUUCUGUGUGUCACAUCACUGCUGCAUCCUCACAAGAAAUUGAUAAGGGCUUGUAAUUUCCCCAUUUUACAGGUGAGUUAACAGGCUGGGGAGGAGCAGGAACAGUCAGGACUGGAAUCUAGCUCUGCUCCAAAGCCAGCUCUUAAUUACCAACAUGGGGAUGGGGGGGCGUGUUCCUGGCCGUCAUUUUCCGGGAGAGGGGUAACUAUCCCCAUUUUGGCCCCUACAUCCCUGAGAACCUUGGGGUCUGGCUGUAGGAGGUGGGGGAACUCUGGGGGGUCCGCGCUGGCUAGUUCCUGAGAGAGCGUUAAAAGUAGAUUCUCCUUUCGCUCCAACUUUCCCGGUGUCUCAAACACUGUCUUGCCUUCUCCUGGGCCCAUUGGGCACACCGCCACCCAACCCGGGGACCCCGGGAGACUCGCCAGCUCUCCAGGAUGGGAAUUUCGUGAUGUUCCCUGCCUGAGCUUCGGGGAGGGCGGGGGAGUGCUGUAAGGGACUAUCGCGCAAGUGCAGAUCCUCUGCUUCUGCCGCAAACGGCGGGCCUCACCUGGACCCGGGGACUCUUCAACGAGGGCCGCUAGCCUGGCCCGACUGGGCGAGUCCCCGCGUCCCUGCCCGUUCCGUCGCUCAGUUCCACGACUCGCUCCUCUGCCGCCCCGCCUGUGUGCGGGUGGGUGGGCGCUUCCCUCGGCUCCCCGUGGCACUUUGCAGACGCUCCCCGGCGCCGGGCAUGGGCGCCGCCGCCGUCGGUCCCCGAGCCGGAUUCCGCGCGCGGGAUGGACCCUCGAGUCCAUCCGCGUCUCUCCAUUUGUGGCUGCUGUUUCUGUCCAGUGCCCCUGAGGCCCUCGGCUGCUGGGGUCCGCAGGAAGCCGAGCCAUGAAUGACCGGAGCAGCCGGAGGCGGACAAUGAAGGACGAUGAGACCUUCGAGAUCUCCAUCCCCUUUGACGAGGCGCCCCACCUAGACUCACAGAUCUUUUACAGUCUGAGCCCCACUGGGAGAAACUUCGAGGAGCCUCCGGAGGGUGCGUCCCCCGCCCUGGCUCUGAUGAACAGCGUCAAGGCCCAGCUGCACAUGGCUCUGGAGAGGAACUCCUGGCUGCAGAAGCGCAUCGAGGACCUGGAGGAAGAGAGGGACUUCCUGCGGUGCCAGCUGGACAAAUUCAUCUCUUCUGCUCGGAUGGAGGCAGAGGACCACUGCCGGAUGAAGCCUGGGCCCAGGCGGAUGGAGGGGGACAGCCGUGGUGGGGCUGGGGGCGAGGCCUCGGACCCUGAGUCAGCAGCCUCCUCCCUCAGCGGAGCGUCCGAAGAAGGCAGCGCCAGUGAGAGGAGGCGGCAGAAGCAGAAGGGAGGUGCUAGUCGGAGGCGCUUUGGGAAGCCCAAGGCCCGGGAGAGGCAGCGAGUGAAAGACGCCGACGGGGUCCUCUGCCGGUACAAGAAGAUCCUGGGCACCUUCCAGAAGCUCAAGAGCAUGUCGCGGGCCUUCGAGCACCACCGCGUGGACAGGAACACCGUGGCGCUGACCACGCCCAUCGCCGAGCUGCUCAUCGUGGCCCCCGAGAAGCUGGCCGAGGUGGGCGAGUUCGACCCCUCCAAGGAGCGCCUGCUCGAGUAUUCCCGCCGCUGCUUUCUGGCCCUGGACGACGAGACGCUCAAGAAGGUGCAGGCGCUCAAGAAGAGCAAGCUGCUGCUGCCCAUCACCUACCGCUUCAAGCGGUGAUCGCACCGCGCCUCCGCCCGGGCCUUCCUCCCCCGCGGACCCCGGCCCUCCCCAGACCCCGGUGGAUGACCUGCCCCUCUCCCCGCCGCGCCCCUGCCCCUCCUCCUCGCUCCCUGGGUUGGGGGCUCCCUUAGCCGGGCCCCCAAGCGCGACGGCCCCGGACAGGCCGCGGCCCCUUCCCGAACGCCGGCACCCCCUUCCGCUUGGGCUGCCCAGCCCUGUCCUCGCCGGGCCCCUUCCCCCUGGAAAACCAGGCAGGCGGGUGCCCCCCUCUCGGGUGGGGGACUGUACAGACCCCGUGUCCGCCCCGGCCCCGCGGAGGAGCUGCCCACCUGAUUCCCGGACAGACCUCCCCAACUCCGCGUGAGACAGAGAAUUAUUCAGAGAAUUAAAAUUAAAAAACGAUGUCAAAAUUUGGAAUAAA